GAAUUUACGCUCGCUGGUAUCCGGCAAAUUCACCGUAAAUAACCGAGGUCGUUUAUUGUGCAGUCUACCUUGCCUUUGAACAGCGUUCGCGGCGGUAGGGCAAACUUGGCUUUCCCCAUUUUCCUCACAACUUCUGAAGUUUCUGGCCCCAGUUGCUUUCUAAAAAAACUCACUCAGUCAGGCCUGCUUCGUCUUUCGUUCAACGCUUGACGAAAGAUUUUCAGGAUGCGACACGCUGUGCUUGUGGGAUUCCUGCUGGCGUUGGCUCACGCCGCGUACAGUGACGAGGUUGGAGUCGUCUGUCCAGGCGGUCAGUCUCAAUGUCCUGACGGUAACACCUGCUGCCAGCUAGCCUCUGGACAAUGGGGAUGCUGCCCUCUACCUAAGGCGGUUUGCUGUAGUGACCAUCUACACUGUUGCCCGAAUGGCUACACUUGCGACGUCGGUGCUGGAAGUUGUUCAAAGGGAGGGCUGACUGUCCCAUGGGCAGAGAAGAACAUGGCUAAGCCAGUUAAGGUUGAAAGCGUUGUCUGUCCAGGCAGUCAAGCCGAAUGUCCAGAUGGUAACACCUGCUGCAAGCUGAGCUCUGGACAAUGGGGCUGCUGCCCACUACCAAAUGCCGUGUGCUGUAGUGACCAUGUACAUUGUUGCCCGAACGGCUACACUUGCAGUUCUGGAAGUUGUUCAAAGGGAGAUCUUACUGUCCCAUGGACAGAGAAGAACGUCGCUAAGCCAGUUAAGGUUGAAAGCGUCGUCUGCCCAGACGGUCAGUCCGAAUGUCCAGAUGGUAACACCUGCUGCAAGCUGGCCUCUGGACAAUGGGGCUGCUGCCCACUACCAAAUGCGGUUUGCUGUAGCGACCAUCAACACUGUUGCCCGAAUGGCUACAAGUGCGACGUCAGCACUGGAAGUUGUUCAAAGGGAGGGCUGACUGUCCCAUGGGCAGAGAAGAACGUCGCUAAGCCAGUUAAGGUUGAAAGCGUCGUCUGUCCAGAUGGUCAGUCCGAAUGUCCAGAUGGCAACACCUGCUGCAAGCUGGCCUCUGGACAAUGGGGCUGCUGCCCACUACCAAAUGCCGUGUGCUGUAGUGACCAUGUACAUUGUUGCCCGAGCGGCUACACUUGCAGUUCUGGAAGUUGUUCACGGGGAGAUCUUACUGUCCCAUGGACAGAGAAGAACGUCGCUAAGCCAGUUAAGGUUGAAAACGUCGUCUGUCCAGGCGGUCAGUCCGAAUGUCCAGAUGGUAACACCUGCUGUAAGCUGAGCUCUGGACAAUACGGCUGCUGCCCACUACCAAAUGCGGUUUGCUGUAGCGACCAUCAACACUGUUGCCCGAAUGGCUACAAGUGCGACGUCAGCGCUGGAAGUUGUUCACAGGGAGGGCUGACUGUCCCAUGGGCAGAGAAGAACGUCGCUAAGCCAGUCGAGGAUCCAGAAAAGACGAACGUAACGGUAUGUCCAGGGGGUCGGUACUUGUGUAAGGUGAACUACACCUGCUGUAUGUCCAAAACGCCCGACGUUUACGGUUGCUGCCAUUUUAAAGAGGCUACGUGUUGCAGCGACAAUGUACACUGCUGCCAACAUGGAUAUGUAUGUGACGUAGUUAAGCACAAGUGCAAGAAGAACUUUGAAUCCAUUCCUUGGGAGGAAAAAACUGAUGCAGAGGAGUUGACGACAGAGAUUGUACCAGAGCCGAAUGUCGUAUGCCCUGGUGGUUCAGCCCAAUGUCCAUCUGGUAACACCUGCUGCAUGCUGGCCUCUGGACAAUGGGGCUGCUGUCCACUCCCUAGUGCUGUGUGCUGCAAUGACCAUGUCCACUGCUGUCCUCACGGAUACACCUGUGAUGUCUCUCAGGGAACCUGUUCACUUGGAGAUAUGGUUCUUACAUGGUAUGAGAAGACAGAAGCCAAACCUCUGGUACCAGAACCAAACGUUGUAUGCCCUGGUGGUUCAGCCCAAUGUCCAUCUGGUAACACCUGCUGCAUGCUGGCCUCUGGACAAUGGGGCUGCUGUCCACUCCCUCAGGCUGUGUGCUGCAGUGACCAUGUCCACUGCUGUCCUCAUGGAUACACCUGUGAUGUCUCUCAAGGAACAUGUUCACUUGGAAAUUCAGUUCUGCAAAUGUAUAAGAAGACAGAAGCCACAUCCCUAAGCACUGCUGUUCUUCCAGGACCUGACGUCGUAUGUCCAGGUGGUUCAGCUCAAUGCCCAACUGGAAACACCUGCUGCAUGCUUUCAUCUGGACAGUGGGGCUGCUGCCCACUCCCUCAGGCUGUGUGCUGCAGUGACCACGUCCACUGCUGUCCUCACGGAUACACCUGUGAUGUCUCUCAGGGAACCUGUUCACUUGGAGACAUGGUUCUUACAUGGUAUGAGAAGUCAGAAGCCAAACCUCUAGUACCAGAGCCGAAUGUUGUAUGCCCUGGUGGUUCAGCCCAAUGUCCAUCUGGUAACACCUGCUGCAUGCUGGCCUCUGGACAGUGGGGCUGCUGCCCACUCCCUAGUGCUGUGUGCUGUAGUGACCAUGUCCACUGCUGUCCCAAUGGAUACACCUGUGAUGUCUCUCAGGGAACCUGUUCACUUGGCAAGAUGGUUCUACCAUGGUUCGACAAGACAGAGGCCACAUCCCUUAGUACUAAUAAUUCACCAUCCCCGAACAUCAUAUGUCCUGGAGGCAGAUAUCAGUGUCCCACAGGAACUACAUGUUGCAAGUCGAACACUGGUGCUUAUAACUGCUGCCCAUAUCCACAGGCUGUUUGCUGUGCUGACUACAUACACUGCUGUCCAUAUGGCUAUAUUUGUGAGCUUUCAACAGCAACGUGCCACCUAAAUGGCCUUUCUCUACCGUGGGAAUCGAACAAAGAAGCUGUAUCGCUGAGUGAUCCAGCGAUGCCAGAACCAAACGUUGUAUGCCCUGGUGGUUCAGCCCAAUGUCCAUCUGGUAACACCUGCUGCAUGCUGGCCUCUGGACAGUGGGGCUGCUGUCCACUCCCUAGUGCUGUGUGCUGCAGCGAUCAUGUCCAUUGCUGUCCUCACGGAUACACCUGUGAUGUCUCUCAGGGAACAUGUUCACUUGGAAACAUGGUUCUGGCAUGGUAUGAGAAGACUGAAGCCAAACCUCUAGUACCAGAGUCGAAUGUCGUAUGCCCUGGUGGUUCAGCCCAAUGUCCAUCUGGUAACACCUGCUGCAUGCUGGCCUCUGGACAGUGGGGCUGCUGUCCACUCCCUAGUGCUGUGUGCUGCAAUGACCAUGUCCACUGCUGUCCUCACGGAUACACCUGUGAUGUCUCUCAGGGAACCUGUUCACUUGGAGACAUGGUUCUUACAUGGUAUGAGAAGACAGAAGCCAAACCUCUGGUACAAGAACCAAACGUUGUAUGCCCUGGUGGUUCAGCCCAAUGUCCAUCUGGUAACACCUGCUGCAUGCUGUCCUCUGGACAAUGGGGCUGCUGUCCACUCCCUCAGGCUGUGUGCUGCAGUGAUCAUGUCCACUGCUGUCCUCAUGGAUACACCUGUGAUGUCUCUCAAGGAACAUGUUCACUUGGAAAUUCAGUUCUGCAAAUGUAUAAGAAGACAGAAGCCACAUCCCUAAGCACUGCUGUUCUUCCAGGACCUGACGUCGUAUGUCCAGGUGGUUCAGCUCAAUGCCCAACUGGAAACACCUGCUGCAUGCUUUCAUCUGGACAGUGGGGCUGCUGCCCACUUCCUCAGGCUGUGUGCUGCAGUGACCACGUCCACUGUUGUCCCCAUGGAUACACCUGUGAUGUCUCUCAGGAAACCUGUUCACUUGGAGACAUGGUUCUAACAUGGUAUGAGAAGACUGAAGCCAAACCUCUAGUACCAGAGCCGAAUGUCGUAUGCCCUGGUGGUUCAGCCCAAUGUCCAUCUGGUAACACCUGCUGCAUGCUUGCCUCCGGACAGUGGGGCUGCUGUCCACUCCCUAGUGCUGUGUGCUGUAGUGACCAUGUCCACUGCUGUCCCAAUGGAUACACCUGUGAUGUCUCUCAGGGAACCUGUUCACUUGGCAAGAUGGUUCUACCAUGGUUCGACAAGACAGAGGCCACCUCCCUUAGUACUAAUAAUUCACCAUCCCCGAACAUCAUAUGUCCUGGAGGCAGAUAUCAAUGUCCAACAGGAACUACGUGUUGCAAGUCGAACACCGGUGCUUAUAACUGCUGCCCAUAUCCACAGGCUGUUUGCUGUGCUGACUACAUACACUGCUGUCCAUAUGGCUAUAUUUGUGAGCUUUCAACGGCAACGUGCCACCUAAAUGGCCUUUCUCUACCGUGGGAAUCAAACAAAGAAGCUGUAUCGCUGAGUGAUCCAGCGAUGCCAGAACCAAACGUUGUAUGCCCUGGUGGUUCAGCCCAAUGUCCAUCUGGUAACACCUGCUGCAUGCUGGCCUCUGGACAAUGGGGCUGCUGUCCACUCCCUAGUGCUGUGUGCUGCAGUGAUCAUGUCCACUGCUGUCCUCACGGAUACACCUGUGAUGUCUCUCAGGGAACCUGUUCACUUGGAGACAUGGUUCUGGCAUGGUAUGAGAAGUCAGAAGCCAAACCUGUUGUACCAGAGCCGAAUGUGGUAUGCCCUGGUGGUUCAGCCCAAUGUCCGUCUGGUAACACCUGCUGCAUGCUGGCUUCUGGACAGUGGGGGUGCUGUCCACUCCCUAGUGCUGUGUGCUGCAGCGAUCAUGUCCACUGCUGUCCUCACGGAUACACCUGUGAUGUCUCUCAGGGAACAUGUUCUCUUGGAGAUAUGGUUCUCACAUGGUAUGAGAAGACAGAAGCCAAACCUCUAGUACCAGAGCCGAAUGUCGUAUGCCCUGGUGGUUCAGCCCAAUGUCCAUCUGGUAACACCUGCUGCAUGCUGGCCUCUGGACAGUGGGGCUGCUGUCCACUCCCUAGUGCUGUGUGCUGCAGUGAUCAUGUCCAAUGCUGUCCUCACGGAUACACCUGUGAUGUCUCUCAGGGAACAUGUUCACUUGGAAACAUGGUUCUGGCAUGGUAUGAGAAGUCAGAGGCCAAACCUCUAGUACCAGAGCCGAAUGUCGUAUGCCCAGGUGGUUCAGCCCAAUGUCCAUCUGGUAACACCUGCUGCAUGCUGGCCUCUGGACAGUGGGGCUGCUGUCCACUACCUAGUGCUGUGUGCUGCAGUGAUCAUGUCCACUGCUGUCCUCACGGAUACACCUGUGAUGUCUCUCAGGGAACAUGUUCUCUUGGAGAUAUGGUACAGUCAUGGUAUGAGAAGACUGAAGCCAAACCUGUUGUACCAGAGCCGAAUGUCGUUUGCCCUGGUGGUUCAGCACAGUGUCCAUCUGGUAACACCUGCUGCAUGCUGGCCUCUGGACAGUGGGGCUGCUGUCCACUCCCUAGUGCUGUGUGCUGCAGUGAUCAUGUCCACUGCUGUCCUCACGGAUACACCUGUGAUGUCUCUCAGGGAACGUGUUCUCUUGGAGAUAUGGUACAGUCAUGGUAUGAGAAGACAGAAGCCAAACCUCUAGUACCAGAGCCGAAUGUCGUAUGCCCUGGUGGUUCAGCCCAAUGUCCAUCUGGUAACACCUGCUGCAUGCUGGCCUCUGGACAAUGGGGCUGCUGUCCACUACCUAGUGCUGUGUGCUGCAGCGAUCAUGUCCACUGCUGUCCUCACGGAUAUACCUGUGAUGUCUCUCAGGGAACAUGUUCACUUGGAAACAUGGUUCUGGCAUGGUAUGAGAAGUCAGAAGCCAAACCUGUUGUACCAGAGCCGAAUGUGGUAUGCCCUGGUGGUUCAGCCCAAUGUCCAUCUGGUAACACCUGCUGCAUGCUGGCCUCUGGACAAUGGGGCUGCUGUCCACUCCCUAGUGCUGUGUGCUGCAGUGACCAUGUCCACUGCUGUCCUCACGGAUACACCUGUGAUGUCUCUCAGGGAACCUGUUCACUUGGAAAUAUGGUUCUAACGUGGUAUGAGAAGUCAGAAGCCAAACCUGUUGUACCAGAGCCGAAUGUGGUAUGCCCUGGUGGUUCAGCCCAAUGUCCAUCUGGUAACACCUGCUGCAUGCUGGCCUCUGGACAAUGGGGCUGCUGUCCACUCCCUAGUGCUGUGUGCUGCAGUGAUCAUGUCCACUGCUGUCCUCACGGAUACACCUGUGAUGUCUCUCAAGGAACCUGUUCACUUGGAGAUAUGGUUCUAACGUGGUAUAAGAAGACAGAAGCCAAACCUCUAGUACCAGAGCCGAAUGUUGUAUGCCCUGGUGGUUCAGCCCAAUGUCCAUCUGGUAACACCUGCUGCAUGCUGGCCUCUGGACAGUGGGGCUGCUGUCCACUCCCUAGUGCUGUGUGCUGCAGUGAUCAUGUCCACUGCUGUCCUCACGGAUACACCUGUGAUGUCUCUCAGGGAACCUGUUCACUUGGAGAUAUGGUACAGUCAUGGUAUGAGAAGACAGAAGCCAAACCUCUAGUACCAGAGCCGAAUGUCGUAUGCCCUGGUGGUUCAGCCCAAUGUCCAUCUGGUAACACCUGCUGCAUGCUUGCCUCUGGACAGUGGGGCUGCUGUCCACUCCCUAGUGCUGUGUGCUGCAGUGAUCAUGUCCACUGCUGUCCUCACGGAUACACCUGUGAUGUCUCUCAGGGAACCUGUUCACUUGGAGAUAUGGUACAGUCAUGGUAUGAGAAGACAGAAGCCAAACCUCUAGUACCAGAGCCGAAUGUCGUAUGCCCUGGUGGUUCAGCCCAAUGUCCAUCUGGUAACACCUGCUGCAUGCUUGCCUCUGGACAGUGGGGCUGCUGUCCACUCCCUAGUGCUGUGUGCUGCAGUGAUCAUGUCCACUGCUGUCCUCACGGAUACACCUGUGAUGUCUCUCAGGGAACCUGUUCACUUGGAGAUAUGGUACAAUCAUGGUAUGAGAAGACUGAAGCCAAACCUCUAGUACCAGAGCCGAAUGUUGUAUGCCCUGGUGGUUCAGCCCAAUGUCCAUCUGGUAACACCUGCUGCAUGCUGGCCUCUGGACAAUGGGGCUGCUGUCCACUACCUAGUGCUGUGUGCUGCAGUGAUCAUGUCCACUGCUGUCCUCACGGAUACACCUGUGAUGUCUCUCAGGGAACAUGUUCUCUUGGAGAUAUGGUACAGUCAUGGUAUGAGAAGACUGAAGCCAAACCUUUAGUACCAGAGCCGAAUGUCGUAUGCCCUGGUGGUUCAGCCCAAUGCCCAUCUGGUAACACCUGCUGCAUGCUGGCCUCUGGACAGUGGGGCUGCUGUCCACUCCCUAGUGCUGUGUGCUGCAGCGAUCAUGUCCAUUGCUGUCCUCACGGAUACACCUGUGAUGUCUCUCAGGGAACAUGUUCACUUGGAAACAUGGUUCUGGCAUGGUAUGAGAAGUCAGAAGCCAAACCUGUAGUACCAGAGCCGAAUGUCGUAUGCCCUGGUGGUUCAGCCCAAUGUCCAUCUGGUAACACCUGCUGCAUGCUGGCCUCUGGACAAUGGGGCUGCUGUCCACUCCCUAGUGCUGUGUGCUGCAGUGACCAUGUCCACUGCUGUCCUCACGGAUACACCUGUGAUGUCUCUCAGGGAACCUGUUCACUUGGAGAUAUGGUUCUUACGUGGUAUGAGAAGACAGAAGCCAAACCUCUAGUACCAGAGCCGAAUGUUGUAUGCCCUGGUGGUUCAGCCCAAUGUCCAUCUGGUAACACCUGCUGCAUGCUGGCCUCUGGACAAUGGGGCUGCUGUCCACUCCCUAGUGCUGUGUGCUGCAGUGAUCAUGUCCACUGCUGUCCUCACGGAUACACCUGUGAUGUCUCUCAGGGAACCUGUUCACUUGGAGAUAUGGUACAGUCAUGGUAUGAGAAGACUGAAGCCAAACCUCUAGUACCCGAGCCGAAUGUCGUAUGCCCUGGUGGUUCAGCCCAAUGUCCAUCUGGUAACACCUGCUGCAUGCUGGCCUCUGGACAGUGGGGCUGCUGUCCACUCCCUAGUGCCGUAUGCUGCAGUGAUCAUGUCCACUGCUGUCCUCACGGAUACACCUGUGAUGUCUCUCAGGGAACCUGUUCACUUGGAGAUAUGGUACAGUCAUGGUUUGAGAAGACAAAGGCGAGCCCUCUGGUUCCAGAGCCGAAUGUUGUAUGCCCUGGUGGUUCAGCCCAAUGCCCAUCUGGUCACACCUGCUGCAUGCUGGCCUUUGGACAAUGGGGCUGCUGUCCACUCCCUAGUGCUGUGUGCUGCAGUGAUCAUGUCCACUGCUGUCCUCACGGAUACACCUGUGAUGUCUCUCAGGGAACCUGUUCACUUGGAGAUAUGGUACAGUCAUGGUAUGAGAAGACUGAAGCCAAACCUCUAGUACCAGAGCCGAAUGUUGUAUGCCCUGGUGGUUCAGCUCAGUGUCCAUCUGGUAACACCUGCUGCAUGCUUGCCUCCGGACAGUGGGGCUGCUGUCCACUCCCUAGUGCCGUAUGCUGCAGUGAUCAUGUCCACUGCUGUCCUCACGGAUACACCUGUGAUGUCUCUCAGGGAACAUGUUCACUUGGAGAUAUGGUACAGUCAUGGUUUGAGAAGACAAAGGCGAGCCCUCUGGUUCCAGAGCCGAAUGUUGUAUGCCCUGGUGGUUCAGCCCAAUGCCCAUCUGGAAACACCUGCUGCAUGCUGGCCUCUGGACAAUGGGGCUGCUGUCCACUCCCUACUGCUGUGUGCUGCAGUGAUCAUGUCCACUGCUGUCCUCACGGAUACACCUGUGAUGUCUCUCAGGGAACAUGUUCACUUGGAGAUAUGGUACAGUCAUGGUAUGAGAAGACUGAAGCCAAACCUUUAGUACCAGAGCCGAAUGUCGUAUGCCCUGGUGGUUCAGCCCAAUGUCCAUCUGGUAACACCUGCUGCAUGCUUGCCUCUGGACAGUGGGGCUGCUGUCCACUCCCUAGUGCUGUGUGCUGCAGUGAUCAUGUCCACUGCUGUCCUCACGGAUACACCUGUGAUGUCUCUCAAGGAACCUGUUCACUUGGAGACAUGGUUCUAACGUGGUAUGAGAAGACAGAGGCCAAACCUCUAGUACCAGAGCCGAAUGUCGUAUGCCCUGGUGGUUCAGCCCAAUGUCCAUCUGGUAACACCUGCUGCAUGCUGGCCUCCGGACAGUGGGGCUGCUGCCCACUGCCUCAGGCUGUGUGUUGCAGUGACCAUGUCCACUGCUGUCCUCACGGAUACACCUGUGAUGUCUCUCAGGGAACCUGUUCACUUGGAAAUUCAGUUCUACCGUGGUUUGAGAAGACGGACACCCUUCUUAACUUUGAAGGUAUUGUGUGUCCCAACAGCACAUCCAUCUGCAAGAGCUCCGAGACUUGCUGCAAGCUGAAAAGUGGCAGCUGGGGGUGCUGCCCUCUAGUGCAAGCUGUCUGCUGUUCAGACAAACUUCACUGCUGUCCUAAAAACACCAAAUGCACAGCUAAGAACACUUGUGUCGGUACCUUUGGGUCCACGCCAAUGGUAACCAAGACCCAAGCCAAAGAAAUCGCACCCAAGCCGAAGCACGUGCCUUGGAUGACCAAGACUCUGGCCCUACCGUGGGGGAGCAAAGAGGGUGACGUGCAGUGUGAUGCCACCCAUUAUUGCCCCAGCGGUAACACCUGCUGCCGGCUGGCCAGCGGACAAUGGGGAUGCUGCCCAGUACCCAAGGCUGUGUGUUGUUCAGAUGGCUUGCACUGUUGCCCCAGUGGAUACACUUGCCAAACUGGCACUGGCCGAUGCGUGCGAUAAAUCGCAAGACCGCAAGCUACGGCACGUCGAAAAUUAAACCAGGAGAACAUAUAAACUGAGCUUGUAGUUUAAUACUGUCAUAUAAUCGGAAUUAUGUGUUGUUUAAUUUUUGAUUUUGUUUUUCUGUUUUGACAAUCAAAUAAAAUAUACACGCUUGAUGUAAUUGCGGAAAAUAUAGAGAGAAAAAAAAGGAUUUUUCCAACAAAACAUACUUUACUUUUAGUGCACCUUGACUUCUUUUGAGUUGAUUGAAAUAAGCGUUGGCCCAGUCCCAGGUGAUGUAUUCAAAACAAACAUUAGGUGUCUGAAAGAGUCAGAAAUAUAGAGACCCUUUGUUUCACCAAUUAUAUCCAUGACCCCUCCUGCUAUCUAAACAGUCACAGACAGUCAAAAAAAAUCAAGUAUGUUCCCCUGCCAUGCCUUUUACACGGGCUAGUCACCAACGGUCCGAUCAUAUUUCCAGCAAGCACUGUGACUAGUCAAAUUCAGUCAACAGACAAAAAGCAGGCAAGAAGUAGGCACAGCUGGCUUAUCAAUCACCUACAGUCAAAGCAUAGCUAUAUCAAGUUACACAAACAGUCACAGCCAGCCAAUCCUGUUUUAUCUGGGAAGUUCAAAACAGUCACUUGAUUGCGUUUGACUGCAAGGACAACUUUGCACAGAAUGUAGGUUUGAAGAGGAGGGUCGUCUGAUAUGCAUCCACAGAAGUCCAACAUGCAUUCACGCUAGCAUAACACACCCAGCUUGAUCGUGAAGUGCAGCCUUGGACAGGCACAGUAUGUGAAACCUAACGGAUCGGUCAAUUGUUGGGCUUCUUCAACUCAGUAGUUUCUUAAGAGUUUCUGAACUUAAAAAUAGCUUGCACAGUAACACAGUGGUUAA